AUGAGCUCAAAACCCAACCCAUCCGAGACAGAGUCUUAUGCCUGUCCGAAGUGCCCGAAAGAAGGGUUCAAGACACCGGGUGCUGUCAGAGCUCACUUCUUGGCCAAGGACCAUGACCUUCAUUGCACGAUUUGUAACGGUGAUUUUCCAACUGUUAAGAGUUUCGUCGCACACCACCGCCAGAAGCAUCUCAAUUCUGGCAGACCUUCUCGGCCACCGAGACAGGUGAUUGCGCAGACUGCGGCCGCAGAUUCAAAGAAAUCCCAGGCCACAAAGUUUCCUGACCAGAAUUUUAUUGAAAUCGCUGAACGUACGGCUCUUGAGUACCUGUUGCCCAAGCGCCAAAUUGUUCAGCGUCAACUGCCUGAGCGCCCGGCCACUAAGCCUACCGGGCAGACCCCGUUCAAGAAAGCAAACCAAGCUCGACAGAACCCUUCGACAUCUCCGAUUUUGAGGUCUUCAAGUCUCGCACGAAAUUGCCCUACAUCGAGUAUUGCUGUCGUUGAGGAACUUCCUGCCGAUCCGGAUCAGACUCAGUCGAUACAUCGUCACGUCGUCCUUCAUGUCCAGGAACAAGAGCUGAUCUUCCAAGAGCUGUGGACUUUAUGCCACUCGCCAGCCCUUCUUGUUGCGGAGGGCUACAAACUUAGCGCCACCUCCGUCAAAAAGAAGACAUACGAGAAGAAGAUAACUGAGAAAAAGAUAAAUGAGAAGAAGGGCCCUCCCCCGAUCCCAGUCAUUCCCCCAAUAAGCUUUGUGGCCACCCCUCAGCACCUGCCGAACCAAACUCAAAAAAGAAGAAGGGCAGUUGUCCUUGAUUGUGAGAUGGUGCAGGUAGAAGGUAAUUGCAGAGAACUGGCAUACCUGACCGCAGUUGACUUCCUUACCAACGAGAUUCUCAUCAACAAUUACGUGCAGCCGACCAAGAGGGUUGUUGGCUGGAACACGAGAUAUAGUGGCAUCUCCUGCGCUGAAAUGAAUCGUGCCCGUGCCAAUGGCCGGGCAUUAUGGGGAUGGAAUCAGGCCCGCCAAGCCUUGUGGGAAUAUGUGGAUUCAGAUACCGUGCUCAUCGGCCAUUCUCUCGAAAACGACCUCAAAGUCUUGGGCUUCUACCACUCGAAGAUCGUUGACUCUCAAAUCCUUACCUCUCAGGCUGUUGCUCUUCUUCUCCCGUCCGAUCAACAUCUGACCCGCAGAUGGGGACUGAAGACUCUCACUAAGGAGCUGCUUGAAGAUAGCAUCCAAGUCGGCAAGAAAGGACACAGUGCCUUGGAAGAUACCCGCGCGACAAGAGAUGUUGUUAUCUGGUGCAUCAGAAACCCGGAGCCCCUCUCGGUGUGGGCGAAGAAAGCCCGUGAUGAAGAGGUGCUCAGGAUCUUGGAGGAGAAACGGAAGAACGACGAGAGAAGGAAGAAGAAGGAAGAAGAAAAGAAGAAAAAAGAAGAGGCAGAAAAGACGCUUCAGGCUGCAGAGGCUCAGCCACAAGCAUCUGCUGCUUGA